AUGAACAAGAUCAAGGGAAAGGUCAACCUCAUGAUGAUGGUGUUAAACCAAGUGAUGCCCAAGGUCAAGUUGACACCCCCAAGCAAGCUCAAGGUCAAGCUCAAGAUCAAGAGCAAGCUCACAAAGGCGCUCAAGGAGAAGGGCAGAGAAUCUACUUUGGAUGUUUCCCACAUUAUGUGGAGGGAUCUUUGUUCAGCUGUGCUUGACAAGAAGACUCUGAUGCUAAAUUAUGAUUAUGCUCCACCUUCUGAGACUGAACCAUCAUGGGCUUCCAAGCUCAAAGCAAAGGUGAAGAACCUUCACUGCUUCCAGGUUAAGGGUCAGUAUAAGGCACCUGUGGAGGCCAAGAAGGCUCGUAGCCGCGAUGCGAUAGAAAGAAAAAGGCCCGUACAAAACAGAGAAAACCAGUUGGACGAGCCUGCUAAAUUACACGACGGCCUCCUCCCUCCACAGCCGCCGAGACCUCCGUCGGCCCUGAACGCGACAACCGCGGUGUUGGCUAUGCUCCGAUCUGCCACCGGAUUUGCGCUCCGGCGCCAGGCGCCGGCCCCUCGUUUUUCCAGCCAGGGCGGCCGCCGCAGCCCUGGAUGCAGCUGCGUCACCAGGCGGAUGUACUCUGAUGGCAUGAAUGAAUCCAAGAGCACGAUGGCUGAUGACAUCAAGAGAAGAAUUGUCUCGUUUUUUGAAAAAACCGGCUGGAAUGGGAAGGACCUGUUCUUUGGCUGCAUCGCGGGUACCGUAAUGGUUGCAUACAAGUACAAUGUGGAAGGAAAGGACAUACUAGGAUACAGAUUUGAUGAGGUGAGAAAGGAGCGGGAGGAGAGGAAGCAGAGGGAGGAGGCGAACAAAAACAAUAUUGAUAUUUCGUUCUGCUGAUCUCUUUGCACACCAGAAAUGUAAGCCACGCAUGAGAAAGGCCGAAAGGCCACGCUUGUUCACAAACGGGAUAUCAUAAAGCUAUGAACUGUUCUAGCUUAUGUAUUUCUAUAAAAAAAAUGUACUUGCUUAUUGGAAGCUGGAAGACGUGGUGAUGCUUAUUUGAUGUUUUGAUCCUUUUCACCUUGCCAUCA